GUCAACUCUACCUCUGGGUCGGCAGUGGAGCGAGUUAAGGUUUGAGCGUCUCCUGGGGUCAGGACGCUGAUCACUGAAUUUCUGCCUCUGUCGCCUCUUAUUUUCCUGCCUGAGGAUGGCGACGUACACCUGUAUCACCUGCCGGGUGGCGUUCGAAGACCCGGAGAUGCAGCGGGCUCACUACAAAACGGAUUGGCACCGCUACAACUUGAAGCGAAAAGUGGCCGACAUGGCCCCGGUCACUGCUGAGGGCUUCCAGGAGCGCGUGCGGGCCCAGCGGGCCGUGGCGGAGCAGGAGAGCAAGGGCACGGCCACCUACUGCACCGUCUGCAGUAAGAAGUUCGCCUGUUUGAACGCCUACGAAAACCACCUCAAGUCCCGGCGGCAUGUGGAACUGGAGAGGAAGGCGGUGAAUCGCAAGGUGGAGAUGAUGAAUGAGAAGAACUUGGAGAAAGGGUUGGGCUUGGACAGUGUGGACAAGGAUGCCAUGAACGCGGCCAUUCAGCAAGUCAUCAAGGCUCAGCCAUCUCCCAAGAAAGGCCCCAUUGCGCCUAAUAAAGAGUCCGGGAGUCCCGUGGCGGCGGCCGAUGGAGGACGUGUGACUAACGACCGAGACCCAGCGGAGAAACCUCCCCGGUUGCAGUGGUUUGAACGGCAGGCGAAGAAGCUGGCGAAGCAGCAGGGGGAGGAGGGGAGUGAGGAAGAAGACCUGGAUGGAGACGAUUGGGAAGAUCUUGAUUCUGAUGAAGAACUGGAAGGUGAGGAUGCUGAAUCCAUGGACGAGUUGGAGGAGCAGGAUGCAGAGGAGAAAGAGGCCGGAGGAAGUGCCCCUCUUGGUGCCAUCUCUAUAAAGGACUGCUUAUUUUGUCCCCAUCAUUCAAGCUCCCUCAUGAAGAAUGUGGCUCACAUGACUAAAAUCCAUAGCUUCUUUAUUCCCGAUAUAGAGUAUCUUUCAGAUCUUAAAGGACUGAUUCGGUAUUUGGGAGAGAAGGUUGGUGUCGGGAAGAUUUGCUUGUGGUGCAAUGAGAAAGGGAAGUCCUUCUACUCCACAGAAGCUGUACAAGCGCAUAUGAAUGACAAAAGCCACUGUAAGCUCUUCACAGAUGGUGAUGCUGUUUUGGAGUUUGCAGACUUCUAUGACUUCAGGAGUAGCUACCCAGACCAUAAAGAAGGGGAGGAUCCUGAUGAGGCUGAGGUGUUGCCCUCAGAAAACACCUUGGUUUAUGAUGAUGAAACCAUGGAGCUGAUUCUACCUUCUGGUGCCAGAGUGGGUCAUCGGUCCUUGAUGAGAUACUACAAACAACGGUUUGGCUUGUCGAGAACUGUGGCAGUUGCCAAGAAUCAAAAGGCUGUGGGCCGGGUCCUGCAGCAGUACAGAGCCCUGGGAUGGACCGGCAGCACAGGAGCAGCUCUUAUGAACAAGCGGGACAUGCAGUAUGUUCAAAGAAUGAAGUCAAAAUGGUUGCUGAAGACGGCGAUGAAGAACAACGCCACCAAGCAGAUGCACUUUAGGCCCCAGGUGAUGUUCUGAGGGUCUGCCACUGACUGAGUUGUCGUCUCCACACGGGUGCCGGCCUUGCCUGCGGACCAGCGGAGCCACACCGUAUGACGGAGCCUGUAUGCUGCUAAACUUCUCCCCGUAUUUCAUCUGUUCUGACCUAAUAAUAAAAGGCAGAAUCGUA